GCCGUAGCGGAGAGGCCCGGACUACGGUGGCCGCGGUGUUGCUGCAGCGGAGAUUCGGACUCGGCCGCGCGGGGGCGGCGGUACGGGGCGCCGCCAUGGGCAACCUGUUCAGCCGCAAGAAACAGAGCCGGGUCACGGAGCAGGACAAGGCCAUUCUGCAACUGAAGCAGCAGCGGGACAAGCUGAGGCAGUACCAGAAGAGGAUCACUCAGCAGCUGGAGCGCGAGCGGGCCAUCGCCAGGCAGCUCCUGCGGGAUGGCAAGAAGGAGCGGGCCAAGCUGCUGCUCAAGAAGAAGCGGUACCGGGAGCAGCUCCUAGACAAGACCGAGAACCAGAUCACCAGCCUGGAGAGGAUGGUUCAGAGCAUCGAGUUCACCCAGAUCGAGAUGAAGGUGAUGGAGGGGCUGCAGUUUGGAAAUGAGUGUCUGCGCAAGAUGCACCAGGUGAUGUCCAUAGAGGAGGUGGAGAGGAUCCUGGACGAGACCCAGGAGGCCGUGGAGUACCAGCGGCAAAUAGAUGAGCUGUUGGCAGGAAGCCUCACCCAAGAGGACGAAGACGCCGUCUUAGAAGAGCUGGAUGCCAUCACUCAGCCUGCAGGGUCUCUCCUCACAGCCCCCACCUCGCUGGUUCUCACAGGAGCAGGUCGAGCUGCCGGAGGUCCCUGCAGAGCCCCUUCCCGACAAGAUCCCAGAAAAAGUCCCCGUCAAGGCUAAGCCCAGGCAGGCGGAGCUGGUGGCAGCAUCGUAACCCACCUGUCAUUGGCUCUGCGGAACCUCCCCAGGGACUGUGGCCACCGAGAGCUGGGUGUGUGGCCAGCCCCAGGCCAGGCUCCAGUGGCGGCGGGCAGAGCGGCUCUCACAGGGCACGUGCAUCGAGAUGACCUGGCCAGGCACCGUCCCUCAGGGCGUGAACUCCAAGUGCGCCUCAGCGGUGCCGUCUCGCUCUCAUCUCCGAAUUAAACAGCGACACUCACACCCUCGGGCCACACACGGCCUCUGGCGGCUGUGGCUCCCUUGCACCGCGGCCAGGAAGCCGCUUGGGUGCUGCUCACACUGCCCGUCCAGCCACAUGGCUGCGGGCGCCUUCUCUGCAGCCUGCUGUCCGCGGGUGGCCCUGCUGGGAAGGCCCCUCAGGUGUUGGUGCCUUGCCCCUCCCCCUCCCGCCCACCCUGCUGUCCUCGUUAGCUGGUGGGGGCUCCUGCUGUGGCCUGGCUUCCACCCUGGCACUGGUCCCCAUGCAGACAACAGGAGAGACGUAGGGCACCAGCACCCAUCAGACCUUCAUGUGCCGUUUGGGCGCCGGCACCGACCUCUCCUGUUUGGGGUGGUGGGCCGAGAGGGUGCCUCCCUGCUAGUCUGACCUGCUCCUCUCACUGCCCGCAAGCAGGGGCUCGGCCUGCGGAGAAACGCCAUCAGGAGGUCCAGACGGAUGACAGCUUUGCUCUGGCAAGUGUGGCCAUCAGCUGCUGCCGUGGGAGCCCCUGGGCUGGACUCCACCAGACCCACCAUCCCAAGAGUCAGAGCGGCAGAGAUGGAGGCCAUGACAUGACUUGUUCACAUGCUUGUCCUCUGUGAGACAAUCUCGCUGAGAUCCCUGUCUGCAGGGAGUGAGCAGGGCCGGGGCCUGGGCUCCCCCAGCAGCAAAAGGAAGCCGCCUUCCUGACCCCAAUCACAGAUCCCAGUAUUAAAGCUGACGCCCCUGCGUGGCCUGCUGCCUCAGUGGAUUCCACGUGGACUCCUCGAGGGCUGGCAGCGAAGGUCACUGGGGCCACAGGCCUGGCCGCUCUCCUUGGCAUUGCCUUUAGCAUGCACACACUUCCCUGUGGGGUUGACUGAUGUGGGGUGCACACGUGGGAGUGCUUCUGGCCGCCCGUCUGGGCAGCUCCCCUCAGCGAGGGGCAGGGCAAGGCUCCAGUCAGUGUGCCUCAGAAGGGACGCUGACUGCCUCCUACACCUGGAUUUGUGUGGUUCUCACAAGUGGUGGCCGGCAGCCAGGCCUCAAAGCCCUAGGCUUCCCCCAGGGAGGAGGCUGCUGGAAGCAGUUCAGUCUCCCCUGCUAGUUUGGAGUUAUUCAGGGACCCAUGGGGCAGCAGGAAGCGGGGGAGUCUCAUCUAUGGGGGCCUUGUGGUACUGUGGGUGCAGGCCAGUGCCAGAUCUUAACGGUUUUUCAAGAGAAGCUGGAAUCUAGGUUUUUAAGUGAAAUCCUUGAUGUUAAAACACAAAGCCAGCACUGCCGUUCCCAAACCCUGAAGCCGAUCCUGUGCCCCUGCCAUGCGUGCAUCGGCCACAAGGGGGCACCCUGCCAGCCGAUCUGGGGGUACUUUGCAGGCGACUGGGGCUGUGGCGCUUGAAUCCACUGCCCAGACAUGCCCCUCUGCAGCAGCGAUUCUGGCAGGGAAGCAGACCCCUGUCCAAAUCAAAGCUGCAGCCACUGGCGCCUGGACAUCAGCCAGGGAGGAGGCUGGGCCCAGGACAGCCUCAGAGGGCCAGAGACAUGGGUUCAGCUUGUCCUCACCACACCUGCAGGGACGGCACCACCAGCGGUACAGGCCCUCUCCACCGCUCCCUCCUCCUCCCUGGUCACCCUGAGCCUCAAGCCACAGGCCAGGCACAGGGAGGCCAGGCUCCUGGGUGCAGGAAGGAGCAGGUGGCACGGACAUCCCUUGUAUCCCACCAGUGGCCACCAAACAGCCGACCUGUGGGCAGGGGGUCGGAAGAAAGCUGUGCACCACAAAACGGCCCGUUCUCAGGCCUGGACGGGGCAGGCCUUUCCCACAGGAGAAACUGCUGCCACAUGGAAUGGAUGACCACCAUGGUUAAAGACCCAAGUGAGGCAGCAAGGCUCCUUAUCACCAUGAAGAAGGCAGUGACCCCGUGCUGGCGGGGCCCUGGGGGACUUACCCGAUUCUGAUGUCAGCAACCAACUAUGUGACGGCUCUCGUCCCACAGAAGUGGGGGGCAGUACCACUUAACGUCUUUUUAAUCAGAUUUUCAGGAAAAUGUUUUGGUUUUUUUAUUUUGGUGUACAGUUCUGUGAGGUUUUUUUUUUUUUAAUUGUUGAAAAUACACUGGCAAAACAUACCAACAACUCGUAUGUGUGCUCUGGUGACGCUGAUUACAUUCUUCAGGUUGUGCAGCCCUUUACACCCACCCUUUCCGAUUUGUUUCUCACCUGUUGACGUGGACUCACUUCCCCUGAGCUUCCUAUCUAACCUUUCAAGUU